AUGCCUAAGAGACGAUGCGGUUUUAAUAUAAAAUUAAAAACGCAGUUUCCUAAUUUAAGAGAUGCUAAUGAAAUAGAGAAAGUUCUGUGUACCGAGUGUAAAUCUAUAUUCUCAAUAGAACAUGGUGAGAUAUUUUAAUAUUUUCAUAUAUACACAGUCCGAAUAGAAGAAUUCAAAGAAUUGUGUGAUUUUGUAAAUGUCGAGUUCAAAAACUCGAUUUUGGGUACUGUUAAAACACGAUGGUUAUCUUUGCAACCAGCUGUUACUACAAUUUUGAAACAGUUUUUCGAUAACCCUGUUUCUAUUGCAUGGUUGUAUUUUAUUCAAACCCAAUUGAAGGUAGUUUGCGACACAAUAACGAGAACUGAAAGCGACAAUAUUUCAGUAAGUGAAGUAUAUGAAAAACUGGAAGUGGUAUGUGGAAAAAUAAGGAACAGACAAAGCCAACAAUUUUUCAUAUUAAAAUUAGCUUUAAUUAUUGAAGACCUUGAUGAAAAAAAAGAUAUACAGCAAAAAUAA